GAAGGGGUUCGUCCCUCUGUCCGGAAGUGACGCGUGAAUCCCUCACGCCCUCGAUCCACCUGCCGAGGCUGGGAUGCUGAUCCGCGGAUUCCUGGAGCGCUGCAAUAAGAAUCGCGGAGCGUCGGAGAGGAGAAGCCCGGCUGGUGUUUACUCUUGAGCUGUGGAAUUAUUUAAGAGACAAAAAUGGGCUUUGUGAUGCUCCGGUGCGCGCUGUGCCUCGGCGUUUUGCUUGCAGGUUCUGUUCUUGGAUUAACUAUUACCUCCACUGGACCAAGCAGCAUUGAGAAAGCUGGUGGUGAGACUAUAAACUUCGACUGUCGCUUCACUCUUGCUCCAGAAGACACGGGGCCUCUGGACAUUGAAUGGACUUUACUGGCCUCGGACAAUCAGAAUCGGGACCAAAUGAUUAUUACCUACUCUGGAGACAGGGUUUAUGAGGAUUACUACGCUACCAUGAAAGGGCGUGUCCACUUCAACUCUCCAGAUCCCAAAGCGGGCGACGCUUCGAUAAACAUCACCAAGCUGCUGGUCUCAGACACCGGGACUUACCUGUGCAAGGUGAAGAAGGCUCCCGGAGUCAACAGCAGGAAAACUCUUCUCACAGUGAUGGUAAAGCCGUCCGUGCCGAAGUGCUACGUUGAAGGAUCAUCGGAACAGGGGAAGGACAUCUUAAUGAAGUGCAAAUCUGCUGAAGGCACAAACCCAAUACAGUACACCUGGGAGAGAAUCUCCGGCACACGCAUUCUCCCUGCAACAGCGCUCCUGGAUCGGGUCCAAGGAAGCAUCGUGAUAAAAAACGCGACGUCUGACAACUCUGGAACGUACCGCUGUGUGUCUGAGAACAGAGUGGGCAAGGAGCAGUGCACCCUGUCCCUGUCCGUGGUUCCACCUUCCAAUACUGCAGGAACGAUCGCUGGAGCUGUUAUCGGAAGCCUCCUGGUACUGCUGCUGCUCGCCAUCAUCCUCUACUGCUGCUACAAGAACCGAAACAAGAAGAAGUACGAGAAAGAGACCGCUCAUGAAAUCAGAGAGGAUGUCCCUCCCCCGCAGAGCCGUGCAUCGACGGCCCGCAGCUUCAUCGGCGUGGGCAGCAACCGGUCCUCCCUGGGCUCCAUGUCCCCCUCCAACAUGCACGAGUACGCCCCCAAGCCUCAAUACAACCCAGUGCCCAGCGAGGAGUACGAGCGCCCGCCCAGCCACGUGCCCCACCCUCCUGCCUCCAAGUAUGCCUCCGCUCCGGGUAAUGGCAGCUUGUCAGUUGUCUGACGAGGAGAGCACUGAGAAGGUCCUUCUUGGGUCAUGAAGAAUAACCUCAAUGAAGGCUCUGCACAUUAACUGCUGCUGUUUGUACUGUGAUAUGAACUGAUGUGAAUGAGAAUAGGGUUUCUGAAGAAUUGGUUUGCUUUAAGAAUGUAUGCUUUUAAAAUGGGUUAAUAUUCUAUAUGUUUUUAAUCAGUGUAGAGGUUUACAGUGUGUGUAGGGGCGAGGGGGGCUUCAUAUGCUUUUCAUUAUGAAGUUUAGCAUUGUCUCCUAUAGAAUUCUAAUGAAGUACAUUCUCAGUUCAUAGCAAAUGCCACGCUGGUUAAAACUAGAGAGAGAGUUUAGAGCAUUAGAAAAUACUGUCGUCAAUUCAGAGGGUUAAAAUAGGGAUUGGGGUGUUGUGUGGUUUUUUUUUUUUUUUUUUUUUUUUUUUAAUAUUUGUUGGACAGACGAGCAGAAAACAAAGUGCCUCGAAGUGUAUUUACCCUCUCAAUACCGGCAAAACACCAGCAUGAAUGUUAUUACCCAUAGAAAAAAUACACAAGCAUGAUUAACAAUGUUAUUACCAAUAGAAAAAAUACACCAGCAUGAUUAACAAUGUUAUUACCAAUAGAAAAAAUACACCAGCAUGAUUAACAGUGUUAUUACCAAUAGAAAAAAUACACCAGCAUGAUUAACAAUGUUAUUACCCAUAGAAAAAAUACACCAGCAUGAUAAAUGUUCUUGCCCAUAUAAAAACACAAGCAUGAUAAAUGUUCUUGCCCAUAUAAAAUAUACUCUACAGUGCUGUGCUGCAUGAACUCAUUGUUCAGUUAUGGUGGUUGAGCUCUCCCCUGAAAUCGGGCUGACGGUCAGUCGAGGGCUACGGGGGUGGAUCGGUUAAUUUACUAUUCACAAUGAAACAAGUGAAGAAACAGCUGCCUGGAUUUGUGAUGACUGCUGCUUUUCUUACUCACACACAAACCCAAGCAGCUGUUUGUUCACUUGAUUCACCUAGAAUGGGAAGUUAGCCUGAUCCACACCGAUGCCCUCCCCUGUGCAGAGCUCCUCCGAAUCCUCAUCCUGUGCAGCUCUAUCCAGUGUGCUGCAGUGCAUACUACACUAUAUCACAGGGCUUUAAAACAGCACGAGCACUUGUGUUUUUAUACAGCUUUCUUUUCUGGUACUGAUUUACUAUUUCUUUCUGGUUGGUUUUGGUUUUUGCUUGGUGUAGACCAGAUUCAUUUCCAUGUGACUCAGUAUUGCGCUCUCUUCCGGAGGGAGUUGAGGUCCUGGCAUUCCUGAUAAUCCAGGAAUAAUCUCCACCGCAGGGUAAAAUAACAAGCCUUCCCAGCUUCCAGAACAAAGAGCAGCCGGGCACAGACAGGACAGGAAAGCUCCUCUGUUAUCAGCGCAGGAUCACCCUUUUAUUAGAAGCUAGAGAGAACGCUGGGCUUACCAGGGAGUCUGCUUCACUAUUAAAAACAUGGGAUGCUAUUCCAGGGGAAGUUAUUGUUAAUACACAUUUUACUGAGCUGUCUUUUCAGCACAUCCAGAGCCAAUGUAAAUUACGCAAUGAAUCUGCUACGAUGGUCUGUCAUACAGUAUCAGAUUUACAGAUUAUUCAAUGGAGAGACGCUUGGGUCCCGGUGGGCUGGCACAGCAAUGCCAGUCACGAGAAGGCUCCAGGCUCCAGCUCAGCCUUGCUGUAAACUGAUAACAUUGUGCUUCUGAAUCCAGCGUCUACUGGACUGGCCUUGGCCUCAUCAAAUGCACAACUUCACUAUCUUGUAAUUGUGUGACGCAGGCACCGCAGGACUGCGUUCGCUGGGUGUGGUGGAUUGUUUAACUCUAACGCUGUUCAUUUCAUUUUUCAUUCCAUUUAACCUUCAUUUUACCAGAUAAGAAGAUUGAGAACAAAUUCUCAUUUACAACGACGACAAGAAGCAAACAUAGAAUAAAUAAAUAAAUAAACACAUUAACAAGUACUUACACAUGCUGCAUCAGACCAGAGUGAAUUCAAGACGAAGGCCGUGUGACGCAAGUGUGUGAGUCUAGUGAAGAUAGUGUUGCUGUUUUAUACAUACAGAAUUGUAUGCAGGUUUCUUUCUUGUCUAAUAUUGUUUUUAUGAACCUCUUCUGUCGUGAUUAUUGUAAUUCCUUCUUUGUUGGUUUAGCUGCCACUAAAUCUCAAAUGCUUCAGCUUGUCCAGAACGCAGCUGCCAGACGGCUCUUGUGUUGUGCUGCUCGUUUUAAAGGAUACAUUUGAGAUGCAUGUAUAGGUAUCAUGCAUACUAGCCCUGAAGAGGUUCUGGCUACGUAUUUGUAGGUGAUUUAUUGGAGGAGUUUGCCAAGCUGUCUUGAAGCUUUACUGUGUUCCUUGUGUUCUCCUCAGGGUUCAAUACCAAGCAAAGAAACUGCUUUCAUGUGCUUCUAAACGGUUCCACUGAACUAGUCUGCAACUAUUAAUGAAUUUCAAUAAAAAUGUUAAUCCAGGGAAUGUAAUAAUGCAUUUAAAACAUCUGAAAAGCAAAGGAUGAUUGUGUGAUCUGUAUCUAAACAAAUGAAGAAACAUGUUUUUAUGGAAAUAUGUGUUUUCUGUUUCUCGUUGUCUAGAAGGCGUUCAUUUCUGGUACAGGUACUAGUAUUGGUAUCUGGUGUUUUUUUUUUAUCAUUGCUGUUAAUAAAGUGAAUUAUGGAAGAA